CGAAAUUAUCAACGGACGGGGCAUGGAAAAGUCACAGCUAAAAUAAGUUUUGUCUGUUUUGUCAAGAUAAUUUGCUUUGGUUUAUUUCUUUACACCCACGGCCGCGUGUCUCUGCGCUGCUGGCCCAUUUCGGCGCACUUUUGCGUGGUUUUCGAGGAAAUUUGGGGAGCUCCCUCAGCCAAAGCGUUUAACAAGGGAGGCAAUGCGCAACUACUUGAAGGAGAGAGGAGAUCAGACAGUACUCAUACUGCAUGCAAAAGUCGCACAGAAAUCGUAUGGCAAUGAAAAAAGAUUCUUCUGUCCUCCACCAUGUGUUUACCUGAUGGGUUGUGGCUGGAAGAAAAAGAAGGAGCAGAUGGAAAGGGAGGGCUGCUCGGAGCAGGACUCUCAGCCUUGUGCCUUUAUCGGCAUUGGAAACAGUGAACAAGAAAUGCAGCAGCUCAACUUGGAGGGCAAGAACUUUUGCACAGCAAAAACGUUAUACAUUUCUGACUCGGACAAACGGAAGCACUUCAUGCUGUCAGUGAAAAUGUUCUAUGGGAAUAGUGCGGAUAUCGGUGUCUUCCUCAGCAAACGAAUCAAGGUCAUCUCCAAACCUUCCAAAAAGAAACAGUCGCUGAAGAAUGCAGACCUGUGCAUAGCUUCUGGGACGAAGGUGGCUCUUUUUAACCGCUUGCGGUCCCAGACUGUCAGUACGCGGUACCUUCAUGUGGAAGGGGGAAACUUCCAUGCUAGUUCACAACAGUGGGGAGCCUUCUUUAUUCAUCUAUUGGAUGAUGAUGAGUCGGAGGGUGAAGAGUUUACAGUCAGAGAUGGUUAUAUCCAUUACGGUCAGACGGUGAAGCUGGUGUGCUCUGUGACAGGCAUGGCUCUACCCCGACUGGUCAUUCGUAAAGUGGACAAGCAGACUGCGCUAAUGGAUGCCGAUGACCCUGUGUCCCAACUACAUAAAUGUGCCUUCUACCUUAAAGAUACAGAGAGGAUGUAUCUCUGCCUGUCACAAGAGAGGAUAAUUCAGUUCCAGGCCACACCCUGUCCCAAAGAAACGAACAAAGAAAUGGUCAACGAUGGGGCGUCAUGGACAAUCAUCAGCACAGACAAAGCAGAGUACACUUUCUAUGAGGGGAUGGGCCCUGUACCCUCACCUGUCACACCCGUGCCUGUUGUUGAAAGUUUACAGCUGAAUGGAGGAGGAGAUGUUGCCAUGCUGGAACUGACAGGACAGAACUUCACGCCUAACCUAAGAGUCUGGUUUGGAGAUGUAGAGGCAGACACAAUGUACAGGUGUGGCGAAAGUGUGCUCUGUGUGGUUCCCGACAUCUCUGCGUUCCGUGAGGGGUGGCGUUGGGUUCGGCAGCCAGUGCAGGUUCCUGUGACUUUGGUCCGUAAUGAUGGCAUCAUCUACUCCACAGCUUUGACUUUUACCUACACGCCAGAGCCGGGACCACGUCCUCACUGCGGCGCCGCAGGAGCCAUACUGCGGGCCAACAGCAACUCCUCCACCUCACCAUCUUCUUCCUCCUCAUCCUCCAGCCUACUGCUUCAGUCAGCCGUCGACAGCCAGGCAGGAUACGCAGCAACAGGGAGCGUGUCUUCAUCUUCCUCUUCCUCAGCUAUGUCUGUCUCCUAACCUGGGAAUCUCAGUGUGUGUUUGCCUGUGUGAGUAUGUGAGCCUUUGUGAGAGAUAGUGAAUUGUCCACUUGUAGACUCUCCUGCAUAGAUUCAUGGGAUACGGAUCACAAAAAUGGAUAAUGGUGCCUCAGAGAGAGAAGAAAAGAGAGACAAGACUUCACACAAAGACUGGACAGAACAAAUGAAGAUGUCUCUUUUCUACUCUCUCUGUUUCUCUUUGUUGCGGUUCUUUUUCAGUCUGUUUCCUCACGUCAGGGGAAGUGACAAAAGAAGUGAUGUGUGCCAUGGAUCAAGAUGCCACAGGAUCACUGCAUUAGCCUUACAUAAAAACAAUCAAAAAACAACAACAAAAAACACUUUCUUUUCAAAACAAAGCCUUUUCUUAGUAAGUGCAAGCUGGAAGUGGCUUUGAGUGAUGUUGUUUUCUACUAAAGGGCUGAAUGCACUGUUUCGCCAGGCUUGGAAGAAAAGUUAUCAUAGUAAUAUAGUUUUUACGGACCAAGGAAUAUUAUUAUUAUUAUUAUUAUUUUUAUUGAUAUAUAAUUUUAUAAGCUUUAGCUAAGGUACAUUUUUCACCUUUUUCAGUUUUAUAACAUAUAGUAAACUUUUGUUACCAAAUAGUUUUGUAUAUUUCUUGUGAGCGUUUGGGCUCAGAAGGAAAAGGUUCAUGCAUUUUAAAAGCCUGAACUUAUAGCUGCCUUUACUCGCCUUGGCAAAUGCCUUAAGUCAUCUGGAGUUUCACCAGACCCUUUCUGUUUUGUAAUAAUAUUUUAUGUCAUGUAUAUUGGUCUUUUUCCCAUGCUGUUUUUUUUUUUUUUUCGCCACUAAACCGAAAUGUAAUAUUGAUGCCAUUUUUGUGUAUUUGGGAGAAGGUGGCUCUUUUUUUUUUUUCUCUCCAUAUGAAGUCUUUAACACAAAAGCUUUAACUGACUUUAAAGUCAUAUCAUACUCAUCACAUAAGCGUAGCCAUUGAUCUGGCCCUUUUUCAUUGGCUAUAGAUGUUCAAGCUGCCAACACAAUGGUAACCUAUAAAAAUCCCACUCCUAAUGGCUUCCAUUUAGUUUAACAUAAACGCACAAAAAUCCUUUUAAUGGGUCAGCAAUUUCUAAUUAAUUGGUCGACUCAAAUCCUGUGGUAGGGAAGGACUGUACAGGUCUCAUUUGCAUAUCAUUCACGAUUUCAGUGUCAUGAUUACUUUUAGUAAUCAAACUAAACUAAAAUUACUGUUAGUAAUCAAACUAAAAUCAGCAUGUAGAAAAACUGCUGCUUUGUUGUCAUGUGAUUAAACCAUAUAGAGAAGGAAUUGUGGGGAUUCUGUAAGUACAGUCAUGUUACAAGUAGCUUGAAUGAAUUAAAGUUUGGAUUCUCAGUGAUUCUAGAUAGGGAUGUCCAAAAUGACUUCUUUUCAGAAUCAACCAAUUUAGGGCUAGAUUUACAAACUCUCUUUUGGUGUUAAAAAACUACUGUCAGGAUUUAUAUAUAUUAAAAGGACACGGUUAUUUUAUGCAUUUGUAGGCAUUUCCCUUUAAGACACAAAAUUCAUGGCAAGAGAGUAUUUUAGGUUUGUGGUAGUCAGUUAACCAAUAUUUAACACCCAAAAAAGCCUGUCUUGACCUGUUUUGCACUUGAUAGUUUGCUUGUGGUAGAUUGCGUCAGUCUUUGGAAAUUAUGUUAAUUUCCACAUUGUCAGUAGAUUACCCACAAAACUUUCCACUCCUGUCAGCGCUUUUAUGGUAUUGUGGUCUCGCGCUAAUUUACCCUAGUAAAUCAGGCCCUUAACAGGUUGCCUGACACGCUCGUCGACUAAUCAGUUUUAUAGUUAGUUAACAGUUUUUAACUAAACAUGGCAUCACUUGUACUGGGAUACUCAAAUGGAUGUAUGAAUAUGUAUGGUUGUACUUAAAAUCUAGAUAAUCUAGUCAACCUCACUAACUGACUAGUUUGUUUUUGGACCCAUCCCUACAUGUAGUCAACUAGAUUAUCAGUGUCAAGAUGAAUGGAAAGAAUCGAAAAAAGCACUUGUUAUCACACAUGCUGCGUGAAGAUGUUUGGUUUGUAGAUUACAGGAAAUGGAAUCUUAUCCUGCCUUUCAUAUAUUUUGACUGCAGAAGUGGCAUCACUGCUACAUAAAAAUGUGCCCUUUUAAAUAGAUUUAAUUUUUUUUUUUAAAUGUUUAGUACCAAAUUUUCACUUCUGUAACAGCUGUAGUCUAAGGCAGACUAAAAAUGAGGCCUUAAACCACUACUGCUUAAUAACAGGAUCUGUUGGUAAUAUAUUACACUACAAAUGAUGUCCUUUUGUGAAAAGGGCAUGAUUGUUUGUUUAUACCUUUUUUCAAACUGUCAUCUCAAUUCUGCUCUUUCUGUACAUCUUGGUUUCUUUUGUUGUACUUUUUCCGCCCCACACAACUCUGUAUGCAUCGUCUGAUCAGAGAGAAAGAGACACUUGUGAAAUAGCAUGCUCUGGAUUUCGCUUUUAUUCAGUAUGGACUGCAUUUUGUUACAGUUUGGGAUUAUAUAGGAACGACAGAAGUAGUUCCUCAGUGGUUUUGGUUCUUUUAAUUUAUCCCUUCCUACCAUGGCUAAUAUUAAUAUCUUAAGAGUCUAAAUGUUACAUUGAUUAUUUUAUAUAACAUUGUAUUACAUUUGAUAGUUAUGUUAAUAUUUCUAAAUAUUUCUUCCAUGAUUGAGGGAAAGUUGCUAUGAAACUUGUUUUGUAUAUCAUUAUUUUUCAGUUGUCAGGCCAUGUUUGGUCUGCAUUAGAAACUGUUGCUUUGGAAGAAAUAAAAGCCAAAGCCCAGUAAUUCUUGCAAAGCCAUUAACUAGUAUCUACUGUGAGCAAUUCCUCAAUCAGGGAAGAAUAUUAAAGCAUACCUUGUGCAAGUGCCGAAAUGGAAACUGCCAAAUCUAAAGGUCAAAUUGUGAAGGUCACACCUAACUUAUCCACUUUUGUUUUCAGUGUUAUUUUCCUCUUGUAUCCAGUUGUCUUCCAGACUAACCAUGUUGAGUUUUAUCAUUUCUAUCUAUCACAUAAGUUAGUUAGUUUGCCUGUCACCUGUGCCACUGUGCUUACAUUGAACAGAAACUAGCAUGUUAGAUCACUGUUAUCUUUGUCGGUUUUGUCUGUAGGAGAAAGAAAAAAAAAAAAGGUGAGAAUUGGUGUCUGUUUUCUCAGCCGUUUCAAUGGAUUGUUUUACAUUUUGGAAGUUACCAGCCUUUGCCAAAUGGCUACCAGCUGUUCUGGUUUUGAGUGCAUGCUCUCUAGCAGAUUUGAACUGUAUUGUUGCUGUCUAACUCCUAAAGGGCCAGUGUAUCUGUUGCGUUUGGAAUGGAUCACUAAACACUGUAAUAGAUUCAAAAAGUG